AUGGGAAGUGCAACAACUGAAUCGGUAAAAGACAUCACUGCCGGAGCUGCAGGUGGUGUUGCCCAAGUCCUCAUAGGCCAGCCAUUUGAUCUUGUAAAAGUACGCCUUCAGACGCAAAGAGGAGGCAAUGCCCUGAAUUUAGUUCGUACCAUAUGGGCCAAGGAAAGACCACUGUCAUUCUACAAGGGAACCCUGGCCCCUCUGUUAGGCGUAGGAGCGUGUGUCAGCAUUCAAUUCGGCGCUUUCCAAUUCUUUCGUCGCCAGCUAGAAUACUUCCAUGAUUCUCCUCUGUCAUUGCUCGAUUUCUACAUUGCAGGCGCAGCAGCUGGCGUAGCCAACAGCGUCGUAUCUGGCCCUAUCGAACACGUCCGAAUAAGGCUGCAAACGCAGCCUAGCGGCCCAAACCGACUCUACUCCGGGCCCUGGGACUGUGUGCGCACUAUCAACCGGCAGUCCGGCAUUAAGGGCCUAUAUCGGGGUCAAGUUGUUACCCUCCUAAGAGAGUUUCACGGUUACGGCAUCUGGUUUGCCGCUUACGAGGGACUUGUGCGGCUAGUGAUGGAGCGGGAAGGUAUCAAGGAAAGAAAUGACGUGAGCAGCUGGAAGAUUGCAGUUUGCGGAGGCUUGGCUGGAGAAGCUUUAUGGUUAGGCAGCCACCCCCUGGAUGUGAUUAAGAGCAAGAUGCAGAGCGAUGGGUUUGGGAAGGACCAGAGGUACAGGACUAUGAGGGAUGCAUUUCGACAGACUUGGAGAGAAGGUCGCUUCAGGUCACUGUUCAGAGGUUUGUCGCCCGCGUUGUUGAGAGCGAUGCCAGUUUCUGCUGGGACAUUUGCGACGUAUGUUUCCAUAUUCUUCCCAUGCUUCCUUCAGAAUGGCAGUAACUGA